CACAAAUGCUGACGCAGUCAGUUCUUAUAGUAUAGUUGACCGUACAAGAUUAACAUCUUUAUUUAAAAUGGUACUUGCGAUAUUAAUAGGAGGUUCAAUCAUUGCUUUGGGUAUUGUGUACAUUUAUUAUAAAUAUGUGAUAUUUAAUUUCUGGAGCAAAAGAGGCGUUUUUUAUGUCGAACCUGUUGUACCAAUUGGAAAUGUAACACCCCUUGUAACUGGGAAAACACAAGUAGGCGUACACUUCCAAGAUGCUUACAUGAAAUAUAAAGAUCACCGUGCUUUUGGAAUGUAUAUCUUUUAUAAACCUAAUUUGGUAAUUACUGAUCCCGAUCUUAUUCGGACGGUAUUAACAAAGGAAUUCAACAGUUUUCAUGACCGUGGAAUGUUUUGCAACGAAAAGAUUGACCCAUUGAUAAACAAUUUGUUUUUUAUAUCUGGAAAAAAAUGGAGAAACAUGCGCGUGAAGAUGACACCAACAUUUACUUCAGGAAAAAUGAAGCAAAUGUUUUUUAUCCUAAAGGAAUGUGGCGAAAAACUGGCAAAGCAUCUGGAAAGUAAGGCUCAAAUAAAAGAGCCUAUCGAAGUAAAAGAUACAUUUGCAAGAUAUACAACAGACGUAAUUAUGUCAGCGGCUUUUGGUAUCAAAUCUAAUUGCAUAGAGGAACCAAAUAAUGAAUAUCGAAUCCAAGGAAACAAAAUUUUUUAUAUAAAUUCAAUUAAGAUUGUCUUAACUUUGUUUGCGCCGCAAAUUAUGGAUUUUUUUUCUAUUUCUCUCAUGGCACCAUCUAUUACAAAAUUUUAUAUAAAUAUGUUUCGAGAGACUGUGGAAUAUAGACAAACUAAUAAUAUCGUCAGACACGACUUUGUCAAUUUGUUCAUACAACUAAUGGAGAGGGGCUACGUUGAUCCUGAUGAUGACGAUAAAACUACCGACAAAUCAUCAACCAUAAAUAAAUUUACGAUGACAGAAGCUGCCGCACAAAGUUUUAUCUUCUUCGCAGCUGGCUUUGAAACCUCCGCAACGACGAUGACAUUCGCCAUGUACGAAUUAUCUCAACAUCAAGAUAUUCAGGAUAAACUUCGGAAGGAAAUUGAUGAAAUGUUAGCAAAACAUGGUGAUCUGACUUACGACGUUGUGAACAAUAUGUCAUACCUUCACAAAGUAAUAAGUGAAACUUUAAGGAAAUAUCCACCUCUUCCUAUCUUAAAUCGCAUCUGCACCAAAGAAACAGACCUACCAACAACGAACAUACGUGUGCCAAAAGGGACAUCAAUAACUAUACCGCUACUUGGGUUGCAUCGAGAUCCGUCGAUAUAUCCGAACCCGGAUAAAUUUGAUCCUGAACGCUUCAAUGCAAACGAGGUAGAAAAAAGACAUCCUUACGCUUACAUGCCAUUCGGAGAAGGACCACGAAACUGCAUUGGCGUACAAAGUAAGAAGAAAAAUCCAUGUAACGUCUCGCUUCUGACAUUAUCAUUCAAUAUUGCUGCGGCGAGUAUUCAAAUUGAUUCUUAUUUGCAUGCGGCAUUAUUUUCUUUCAAACUGUGCCAGAUUCAAAACACUUUUAAGCGUUAUUCUCUCAACUCGUCAUUACUACAUUAAAAAAAGGAUUUAGCACAAGCGCGUUGACGAAGCGCAGACUGCGGGUCAUAUACAGCAUGCCUGCUUAGCCUGCUCUCUCCGCGCACGCACUCAUUGAUAAUAUCGGCAUGCGUUUUUAUCGCCGAAAUGGAUAGACAACCCGUUACACUGCACUGUGUUCAAGUGACAUGCCGACUCCUCCGGUUCAUCUGGAGCACCCUCUGUACAUAUAUUUGUUGUAAAUCAUUUCAAUAUAGAUGUUGUUAAAUGAAUGAAACAUGUAUAGUUAAAUUAUGUUUUUAUAAAUAAAUAUAAAGUUUUACAGUUUUUUACUGAUUUUUAUAUAUGCAAAAUAGCAUGUGAAAUAACUUGUGAAAAGAUCUGUUU